AUCACGCGGGCAUGAGUGCAUUAAUUAAGCUUUAGUAAUUAAUUAAUAUAAUGGCGGAAGAAGAGUCACAGUCGCUGGAGUAUACACCAACAUGGGUGGUCGCCGUCGUCUGUAUCGUCAUUGUUCUUAUUUCCCUUCUUGCCGAACGUGGCCUUCAUCGUCUUGGAAAGUUCUUCCGGGACAAGAAACAAGAUGCAUUAUUUGAGGCCCUGCAGAAAUUAAAAGAAGAAUUGAUGCUUUUGGGGUUUAUUUCCUUAUUAUUGACGGUGUUCCAAGGGCCAGUAAGCCAACUAUGCAUUCCUAAAAAUAUAUCCAUAAUAAUGCUUCCAUGUAUGUUGAAAGAAUCUGGUACUUCUAAUCAUCUCACGACAACAACUGGGAGACAUCUUUUAGCUGGAGGUAACGGUGUAGACCAUUGUAGCCGUCAUAAGGGACAAGUUCCACUUUUAUCGUUGGAGGCAUUGCAUCAACUGCACAUUUUCAUAUUUGUGUUGGCACUCACACAUGUGGUCUUUUGUGCCACGACCAUGGUUCUUGGAGUUGCUAAGAUACAACGUCAAUGGGGACAUUGGGAGCACUCAAUUCAAAGGGAACCCAGGCCACACCAUGUGCAUAUUAUCCAUCUUAAAUCAUUCAUGGAUAGAGCUGGUAGACGUUGGAGGAAAUACACUGUCGUGAGUUGGACGGUGGCAUUUUUAAAACAAUUUUAUGGUUCAGUAACCAAGUCAGAUUAUAUUGUCUUGCGGUCUGCAUUUAUCAGAGAACAUUGUCCAACCAAUCCUAAAUUUGAUUUUCACAAAUAUAUGAUGCGGACACUAGAGCAUGAUUUCAAAAAGAUUGUCGGAAUCAGUUGGUACUUGUGGCUUUUUGUCGUUCUCUUUUUGUUGAUGAACAUUGCAGGAUGGCACACUUACUUUUGGCUAUCAUUUUUACCUCUAGUUCUAUUACUACUAGUGGGAACAAAAUUGGAACACAUAAUAACAGAAUUGGCUCAAGAAGUAGCAGAGAGGUCGUCAGUAGUAGAUGAAACCACACCAGUUAGACCUUCUGAUGAAUUGUUUUGGUUUCACAGUCCAACUCUAGUUCUUUACCUCAUUCACUUCAUUUUGUUCCAAAACUCCUUUGAGAUUGCUUUCUUUGUCUGGAUUUGGUGUACUUAUGGGUUCAAAUCAUGCAUCAUGGAAGAAUUAGGUUUCAUCAUUCCAAGACUUGUUAUUGGGGUGAUUGUCCAAGUUCUUUGCAGUUACAGUACUUUGCCCUUAUAUGCUCUUGUCACACAGAUGGGAAGCAGAUUUAAGAAAGGAAUAUUUGAUCAGCAAAUAGAAGGGCUUCUCAAGUUCUGGGCAACAGGUGGUAGAGCUGGUUCAUCAACCCAAAAUAAGAUGGCCAUGGAAACACUAGAAAGCAUCUGUGUUUCCAAGAGACCUGCAAUUGAAGGCAUCUCAUCAACUGUUGAACUUUCUUAUCUAAACAAUCAUCACACAACUCCUUAGUUAUACAGUUAUUAGCAUUUCUGAUGAGCAUAAUAAGAAUGAACAAUUAACUAUUCUUUUAAAAGUAUAUGUGGUUGUCUUUGCAUUGAGAGAGAAGGAGAGAUGUUCAUGCUCCACAAUCAAAUGUUGUCUUCAUUUUC